UGGCCGGUCCAUGCCCUUCCUCCUGCCGCGGCAACGGGGCUGGCGGCCCCUUUGGCGAUUCCAUGGGGAGCUGCCCCAGAGCUGGGCCAAGGGGGGUGAGACGGGGAACGAGCCUUGAUUGGCUGCCCACCAAGAUCCAAGCCAAUCAGAUUGCUCGGCAGAUGGCGCUUACUCCCACACCGGCACACCCCAUGCUAUGUGCUACUGGCUACCAAGAUCUGAAGGGGGCUGUGGGCCAAAGAUGGGCCCUGCUCUGCCCCCCCCCCUCUUGGCUCAGCAGGGCCAAUGGGGUCCCCCUAUGGGACCAGCCUGCCUGAGAGCUGGUGUUCAUCUGUCCUUCCCAGUCACCCCGCUCCUGCCAGGACACGACAGGCACCAGGCACACGUCCACCACAAAGGCAUCCCAGCCAGGAGCAGGGACAGGGGGACGGCCGAGUGGACCCUGUGGGAAUCAGGACAAAGACAUGAGGGAUUUGUUCGACACAUUCAUUAAGAAAGAAGAUGGUGUUCCCAAUCCUCCGGACCUCCCCAUGCCGUUCAUCUUCAACCUGCGUGACGCCAAGCAGAAGGUCAUCCGUUUGCAGAGCAACCAUCUUGUGGCCGAGGCCUCCAACUCAGACCCUGAGAAACUCAGUGUGGUGCCUAACCGGUUCGUACAGGGCAAACAGUACCCCAUCAUCCUGGGCGUCCAGGGAGGAAGUAGCUGCCUGUCAUGCGGAACGUUGUCCCAACCCAAGCUGCAGCUGGAGGAUAAGAAAAUAAUGGAAUUGUUUGAAGACAAAGAGCAAGCCGCUCGCUUCACUUUCCACAACAUUCCCGAAGGCAGCACCCACCGCUUCGAGUCGGCCACCUACCCGGGCUGGUUUCUCUGCACCUCCCAGAAGAGCAGCGAGCCCAUCCGCAUCACCAACCGCCCGGGCGAGACAGAGAUCACUGAGUUCUAUUUUAAAAGGAUUCUGACCCAAUAGCGAUGGGAAGAAGGCUGCAGAGGUUCCCCUGCACACCCCAGACAAUAUUGCCUGCUUCUUUUUAGUGCUGGAAAUUAAAGUAU